AUGACUGCAACAGACGUCGAAAAUGCUGCGGCACUCGCUGCUAAGCGACCCAGCGUCUCGGGUGACGAACCAGUUGACAAUGAGAUCGACACUGCCAAAGGGGUUUUGGCCGACCUUCCAGCAUCGAUGAGUAUAGACCCAGUUGCUGAGAGGAAGCUGCUAUGGAAGUUCGAUCUGCGCAUCUUGCCAACAUUGGCGGUCAUGUAUCUGUUCAACGGCCUUGACAAAGGCAACAUGGGUAAUGCAAAGACCGCAGGCCUAGAGGAGACUCUUGGUCUCAAGGGGAAUCAAUACAACAUCCUGCUAUCAGUCUUCUUCAUUCCUUAUGUCUUGUCCGCUCCUUUUUUGGGAAUUAUCGGAAAGAAAUUUGGUCCUUCUCGCGUGCUGCCAUGUAUGAUGUUUUUGUACGGCUCCAUGACACUUCUGACAGCGGCGGCUAAGAACUUCGGAGGACUCUUUGCCCUGCGUUGGUUUGUGGGAGUAGGAGAAAGUGCAUUCUUCCCCCUUGUGAUCUAUUACCAGACUACAUUUUAUCGACGUGGUGAACUCGCAAGACGCCUUGCGAUUUUCUACGCUGCCUCUGGUAUCGCAAACGCUUUCUCCGGACUACUUGCUUUUGGAACGUUCCAGAUACGUGGAGGAGCUUUGGCGCCAUGGAAGUACCUCUUCGUGGUUGAAGGGGCUGGCACUGUGUUGAUGGCAAUCUUCGCCUUCUUCUACCUGCCUUACAAUGGUGCCACUGCCCAUUUCCUCAGCGCCGAAGAAAAGGAGCUCGCCCAUUAUCGUCUACAGAUGGACUCCUCUUCCGUUGUCAAUGAGAAGUUCGUGCUGCGCGAUGCCGUCUCCAUCUUCCGCCAGCCUACUACUUGGGUAGUUCUCAUCAUUGAGAUGUGCGUUGGUGUACCCCUUCAGUCAGUCAACCUGUACCUGCCCGUCAUUAUCAAGCGGCUAGGCUACAGCACGAUUAAGACCAACCUCUACACGGUCGCACCAAAUGUCACCGGCUCCGUGAUGCUACUCUUGCUGGCAUUUAGCUCCGACUUCACACGACUGCGGUUCCCGUUCGUCGCGCUGGGCUUCACCUUCACGCUGACUGGAUUCAUUAUCUACGCCUGUGUGGAUGUCGUUAGCCAGUUGCACGUGGCAUACUUUGCAUGCUUCAUGAUGUGCUGGGGUACCGCAGCUCCAUCGGUCCUGCUUGACACUUGGUUUAACAAUAACAUUGCCAAUGAGAACAAACGAGUGAUGCUUACCACCGUGGCGGUGCCGGUAGCGAACAUCAUGGGUCUGGUGUCAUCGAACAUCUUCGUGAACAAAGAUGCCCCGAAGUAUUUCCCGGCCUUGAUCACUACAGCCUGCUUCGGUGCCACAGGACUAGUGCUUACACUGUCGCUCGGCGCGUGGAUGAUUUUCGACAACAAGCGACGCGAUGCGAGAGAUGGGAAGACGAUGUCGGCGAAGGAGAUUCCGACCGAACUUCUUGCCGAGGGUCCUAGCAGCCGGAACUACAGGUGGCACCUGUAG